AUGUCGGCAAGAUAUGAUAGAGCUAUUACAGUUUUCUCACCGGAUGGUCAUUUAUUGCAAGUAGAAUAUGCCCAAGAAGCUGUACGCAAGGGCUCAACGGCGGUGGGUGUACGCGGCAAUGAUGUAGUUGUACUAGGCGUUGAAAAAAAGUCAGUAGCUAAACUUCAAGAAGAAAGAACCGUUCGAAAAAUUUGUCUGCUUGAUGAUCAUGUUGUUAUGGCUUUUGCCGGCUUGACGGCUGAUGCUCGUAUUCUCAUAAACAGAGCACAAAUUGAAUGUCAGUCUCAUAAACUUACUGUGGAAGAUCCUGUUACAUUAGAAUACAUAACAAGAUACAUUGCUGGUCUUAAACAAAAAUAUACCCAAAGUAAUGGACGUAGACCUUUUGGUAUUUCAUGCCUAAUUGGUGGUUUUGAUUAUGAUGGGCAACCUCAUUUAUUUCAAACUGAACCUUCAGGCAUUUUUUAUGAAUGGAAGGCCAAUGCUACAGGUAGAUCAGCAAAAACUGUAAGAGAAUUUUUGGAAAAAAAUUAUACUCCAGAGGAAGUUGCUACUGAAAAGGGUGCAGUGAAGCUUGCCAUACGUGCUUUAUUGGAAGUCGUACAGUCUGGACAAAAGAAUUUAGAGAUAGCAGUUAUGAGACGCAAUCAACCAAUGCAAAUGCUUGAUAUAGAUACCAUUAAUUCAUAUGUAUCGGUUAUUGAAAAGGAGAAGGAAGAAGAAGCGGAAAAGAAAAAACAAAAGAAAUAA